GGAAAGUUACGUUUGUGGAGGUCGUUUUUAAAACAAAACAAGGGAUCAGUUUUUAGCUAACAAAAAUGAUUUGUGAAAUUUUUAGUACUGUACAAUAGGCUUACUGUAGCAGUAGUGUGUAGGGCCUAGACUGGAGUUCCAAGUUCUAUGGCAUGUAAAAAACGAAAACGAGAAGCUAUUGACGAACAGGACGACGAAGAAGAAAGAUAUUUUUUAAAUCCUGAGUCCGUAAGCCGUCAUCUGUUUUGCUCAAUCUGUCAGGAGGUGUUCAUCAAACCACAGCGUGCACCCUGUGGUCAUAGCUACUGCAAAAAGUGCAUAACGUCAUGGUUGAAGCACAAGAAAACCUGCCCAGAAGAUAGGGUGCCCCUUCAACCUUUGCAGCUUCAUAAUGACUUCAUCUUGGCAAACAUCAUAGGGGAUCAGAUGGUUGCAUGCCCUUUUCGCAAAGCAGGAUGCGAUUUCAUUGGUCAGCUUCAAAAGUUGGCCUCCCAUAAAAAGUCCUGUGACUUUAACCCUGUCAACCUUCCUGAAUUUAUGUUCAAGGGGACAACAAGUAACCAGGUAUUAACACCAGGGCCUAACAAGGAUGGCAACAGCAUACUUGGAGAUGGUGAAUCGCUACCCACGCCAGCCAAACCAUCACUGAAGAUGCGUCUAUUCCACAAUGGAGGGGGUCAGAGGGAUUUAUUACUUUCAAUGUUUAAUAACAAAGAAAAUAAAAAUACAUGAUCUAUGUGGUGACUAUAAUAAUGAUGAUGAUUACAAUUACCAAAACAGGGUUGUACACCCCUAGUUGUAGAAAAUUAAGGGUGGGGUGACAUUUUAAGGGUGGUUGUGUGGUAAGUGGGUUAAUAAUGGUUAAGUGGAGGACCAUGAAAUUAGCUUUAGACUGGGUGGAAAACUUCAAGUCUGGGUGGCCCCGCCCACCAUUAGCCCCGCCCACCAUAACUACAUACUGUACAACAACAAAUGUGGUAAUAAAUCAAACAAAUAAUAAUGAUUGAGACACUCAAAUAUCCUUAUACAUGGAAAAUAAUUUUUAAUAUUUUUACAAACAUACAUAUCUCACAGUUUUCAAAAUCAAAAGAAUAUAUAUAAUUUUGAAAUACAGUAGUUUGGAUGUUAACCAUUGGCAUUCAAAUGUUGCCAUUAUAAAUCAAGUUAAAAAAUACAUUUUAAAUAUAUAUUUUACAAGAUAUAUACUUAAAUUUAAUUUAAGUGUGAACACUGUAAUUCAUUACUUUAAUGUGCUACAAAGUUGAAGCAUUCAAUGCCAGGAAAAAAAAUCAAUUGGUAAUCAAUUAUUUGAAUGUUACAAUAUCACACUUCAGAGUGUGUGAUAACAAGAAUUUAUUAAGUACAAACAUUGUGAAGCAUAUCACUAAACAAGUUAAAUAUUUCAAAUCAAUUUCAAUGCAAGAAUUAUAUGUGAUCACUCAUCAAAUAGAGUGAUAUCUUUCAUAAAGAUACACCAUCAAAAAAAGCGUCACAUAAAAUGUGAUGGAACAGAGUUGAACACGUUCAACUGUUUUUGAUACAAUUUGAUAAUAUGAUAUGACGUCACUGUACCCAUAUAUGGGCACAUCACAUUCUUUGUCCACACUAUCAAAUUUGUAUGAUGUGCCCAUAUUUAGGCAUGAUGAUGUCACAUUACAUAUAUUUGACACAUGCAAUGUAAAUAGAUAGUGCGGACAGGUCUUCAAGUUGUACUUCAUCAAGUGUUAUGCCCAUCCACAGUGACAUUUGAAAAUCAGGGUUAAGAUUUUCCAGGGGUGGCGCCAGGAUUUGGGGCUUUGAGGUUUGUGACGAGAGCAAAGCGAACAUGAAAAUUUGGACAAUUUAGGGGUUCCAAAGUGUUAUAUAAUUGAUUUAGAGUUAGAAAAUACAGACAAUUUUUUUUCUCCCCGACAAACUGUGGUUUUUUUCCCCUGGGGUGGGGGGUGGACAGUUCUAGGUCUUACCCCCUUUUUACUGAAGGCCUAGGCCUUUAUGAUUCAUUGUCAACUACUACUCACAUUAUGUAUUUUGGUUGGUAAUACAGGACCAUAAAACAUGUGGACAGGAACAUAACUUGAUGAAAUCUUAAAAAGUUGUGAUAACAUAUGACAUUGAUAUACAUUAUACAAUGGCAAGAUUGUAACUGUAAAACAUUUUCAAGAAAAAUAUAUGUAAUAAAUGAAGGGAAUAAAUUCAGCAGCUUUUAAAAA